AUGAUGCGUUUUGUUGUCAUCUUGUGGUUGAUGCUGGCCGUGACUCUUAAAUGUGCCGUUAAAUGGGGAUGGAACAAAAAAUUUGAAUUUUGUGAAGAUAAAUGGAAUGUGUUUGUUCAAGAAAAAAAUAAAUCGGAAGAAAGGUGCGGAAAUUUGCCUUUAAAUAAUGGUUGCAUCGAAGAGAAAAAUUAUCUUUUGGAACGAUUCUGGAUGUUCAGUAAAUGUUGGUGUGCAAAAAUGAAUGGAAAAUAUAUAGUGAAAACUUCACUUGUCCUCAAAAUACAUAAAGAAGGAGAGGAAAAGCCGAACAUUAGUUCUCCACAGUCGUUCUUAAUAGGACAGCACAAAAUUCCGUACAAGCACUUUCUGUAUGGUGGAAAAACUUCAACAUGCUAUGUUCAUAUUAACGUUAUAUUGCCACCAUCCAUCAGCAGAGGAAAUAGUGAAUAUUUUACAGCACGACACAACACUGAAGGCGAGAUUAAAUGUAUGAUAAGAUGGUCUAAUCCAAGACCAAACAUAACUUGGGAUCAACAGAUCGUUAACAACAACAAUGAACCUGUCUUGAAUAACUGGACCCCUUCACAGUAUAAGUCUUCGUUUAAAAAAGGAAAAAACAAAGGACAAUAUGAAAGUGUUUUAAAGAUACCCACGACUGCUAAACAAGCUUCAAUGUUGUUCAGAUGUUUUGCUCAAAACAUUCAUGGAAAUGACAGUAGAAUGUUUAGGUUUCUGCGAUUUGGAGAUGAUCCCUUUAAUGUUUUUCCUUCUGGGGAUGUAAUUUUAAAUGAAAACGAGGACUUUAUGGUAAUUUGCAGAGUAGAUGUUUCGAUUCGUGAUAAUAUUGCGUUUUACAAAGAAAAUCCUCGUCGUGAAGUGAUAAAUAAUGAAAGAACAAACAUCACCAUAAGUAGAAAUCCUCAAUAUCGUAAUGUUACAAUGAAAAUACGAAAUAUCAACAUCAAUGAUUCUGGAACUUACAGAUGUAGUGAAAAAAAUGCUCUCAGUAAUGAACGUGCUGUUGUAACAUUGAAUGUACGAGGAAUAUAUCCUCCUGUAAUUUAUCAGAUGAAAGAUUCUACAGUGAAUAAGGAUAAAGAUAAAGACGCAGAGUUGAUUUGUAAUGUGUCAGGUAAUCCUCGACCCACAGUAACAUGGUCAAGAAAUGGUGAAGAAAUUGGUCGUGUUAUAAUCACAAAUUGUAAAACCCAAGUUCCUAACUAUUACUUGAAGAAUGAUGGAACAACUCUUAUUAUUUGUGGCGUUGAUAUUUCACAUUCGGGAAACUACACAUGCUUUGCAAUAAACCAGUUAGGAAACGUCACAGCAACUGUUUAUCUUAAUGUUACUGGUAGGUUGACAAUGUUUACACUGUUAGAUUUUCUAAAUGAUAAAGUUUUAUUGUGUUGCAAUGAAAGUAUAUACGUCCUUCAACAAAAUAAUUUAAGGUUCAUAUGA